AUGUUAUCUGCUAUUAGAAAAAGUGCGAUUAGUUCCACUAAUAGAAUAGCUAUCUAUAAGAGAACUAUGGCUACCGCCACAGAAAACGUUGGUGACAAAUACAACAUUGUUGAUCAUGAAUAUGAUUGUGUUGUUGUUGGUGCUGGUGGUGCUGGUCUAAGAGCUGCCUUUGGGUUAGCUGAAGCUGGGUUUAAAACUGCUUGUAUUUCCAAAUUAUUCCCAACAAGAUCCCACACUGUUGCUGCUCAAGGUGGUAUCAAUGCUGCCUUAGGUAAUGCUCAUCCAGAUGAUUGGAAAUGGCACAUGUAUGAUACUGUUAAAGGUUCUGAUUGGUUAGGUGACCAAGAUUCCAUUCAUUAUAUGACUCGUGAAGCUCCAAAAUCUAUUAUUGAAUUAGAACAUUUUGGUAUGCCAUUCUCUAGAUUGGAAAAUGGUAGAAUUUAUCAAAGAGCCUUUGGUGGUCAAAGUAAAAAUUACGGUAAAGAUGGUCAAGCUUAUAGAACUUGUGCUGUCGCCGAUAGAACAGGUCAUGCUAUGCUGCAUACAUUAUAUUCUCAAGCUUUGAAACAUGAUACUCAUUUUUUCAUUGAAUAUUUUGCCCUGGAUCUAUUAAAACAUAACGGCGAAAUCGUUGGUGUUAUGGCUUAUAACCAAGAAGAUGGUACUAUCCAUAGAUUCAGAGCUCAUAAGACUAUCAUUGCCACUGGUGGUUAUGGUAGAGCUUAUUUCUCUUGUACCUCAGCACACACAUGUACUGGUGAUGGUAAUGCAAUGGUUUCAAGAGCUGGUUUCCCAUUGCAAGAUUUGGAAUUCGUUCAAUUCCAUCCAUCUGGUAUCUAUGGUUCAGGUUGUUUGAUUACUGAAGGUGCCCGUGGUGAAGGUGGGUUUUUAAUUAACUCUGAAGGUGAAAGAUUUAUGGAACGUUAUGCUCCACAUGCUAAGGAUUUAGCUUCCAGAGAUGUUGUUUCCAGAGCCAUUACUGUCGAAAUCAAUGAAGGUAGAGGUGUCGGUAAAGAUAAAGACCACAUUUUCUUACAAUUAAGUCAUAUUCCUGAAACUGUUUUGAAGGAAAGAUUGCCAGGUAUUUCUGAAACUGCACAAAUUUUUGCUGGUGUUGAUGUGACUAAGGAACCAAUUCCAAUUUUACCAACUGUUCAUUACAAUAUGGGUGGUAUUCCAACUAAAUGGACUGGUGAAGCUUUAACAAUCAAUCAAGAAACUGGUGAAGAUGAAGUCAUUCCAGGUUUGAUGGCCUGUGGUGAAGCUGCAUGUGUCUCAGUUCAUGGUGCUAAUAGAUUAGGUGCAAAUUCCUUAUUAGAUUUAGUUGUCUUUGGUAGAGCUGUCUCGCAUACUAUUUCCGAUACUUUACAACCAGGUUUACCUCAUAAGAAAUUGCCAAGUGAUUUGGGUAAAGAAGCUCUAAUUAGAUUAGAUAACUAUAGAAACACUACUGGUAACACAAACACAGCUGCCAUCAGAUUAAAGAUGCAAAAAUCUAUGCAAAAGAACUGUUCUGUGUUUAGAAUUCAAGAAACUUUAGAUGAAGGUGUUAGAUCUAUUAAUAAGAUUGAUGCUGAAUUUAAAGGUGAUGUAAAGGUUACUGAUAAAUCCAUGAUUUGGAAUAGUGAUUUAGUGGAAACUUUAGAAUUGGAAAACUUAUUAACCUGUGCCACACAAACUGCUACAGCUGCUGCUAACAGAAAGGAAAGUCGUGGUGCUCAUGCAAGAGAAGAUUAUUCCAAGAGAGAUGAUGAGAAUUGGAUGAAACACACUUUGACAUGGCAAAAGAAGACUGGUGAUCCAGUUGAAAUUAAAUACAGAAAUGUUAUAACCCAGACUUUAGAUGCUGAAGAAUGUCCAACUGUUCCACCAGGCAUUAGAUCAUAUUAA